AUGUUCAACAUCUUUGCAGCUCCCCCCCUUCCAGUUACCGUUCCCGCAUACAGCCCCAUGGUCCAACCCGUCAACCCUCUCGACUUGUUCCUCACCCAAGCCCAUGUGGAUCUCUACCCGCCUCCUCCUGCUCCUGCUGCGACGCCUACUACAGGAGAGGUAUAUGGGGAGGCUAGUGCUACUGCUAGUGAUACCCGUCUUAUCCACCACCGCUCAGCCAAAAUGUCUUCUACCUGGAGAGAGUUCAUGUCCUGGAACAAGUACACCCAAAUCGCUUCCCGAGCCCUCCGACAGGCUCUUAGCGAGGGUGACCGUGUUGCUGCUGAGAAGCGUGCUGCCAUCGGCGUCCGAUACCAGGUCUGGCAGAACGGAGAGGGCGGCGAGCAGCAAUACGUCCGACCCCCACCUGAGGAGGCUACCGGCAAGCCUUCUGGUGCCGUCUAAACCUACCACUACCCUACGAUGAAAGACGGAGGGAGAAUGCGAAGGAAAAGGUAGAAAAAUGCAUGGAAUCGUUUGAAGGGAAU